AUGGAGCUGUAUUGCAGGGUUCUUGCUGAUACUUCAACUGGGAGUGAGCCGUUCACUGAUGCCGAGGAAAGGCAAGAGGAGAAGGAGGAGGACAAUAAUUCCAGGGAUGGGACCUUGGACACUACGUUCAGCACGGCAGUGGAAGAACCAGAGGAACUAGGAGAGGGACCAUUGGUGCAGCAGCUGCCUCCUGAAGAUCUUAAGUGCAACAGCUCACUCCUGAAGAUAGCUGAUCGGGGUGAAAAGAUUGAACUGAUUAGCCAAGAAGUAUGGAAACUACUUCACAAUGAUGGCAUGAAAGUCAGUCUUCGUCGCGUGGAGGACCAGACGGCAGAUGGAAAGCCCAAGGUCUGUGAACAGAGUGGGAGCCCUCCAUGCAAGAAAGCGCGGAGUAAAGACAGUUUCGUGGAACAACAUUGGCCGGAGGACAUUGAAAUGAAGGGUCCUGCUGAUGCUUCAACUGGGAGUGAGCCGUUCACUGAUGCCGAGGAAGGGCAAGAGGAGGAGGAGGAGAAUGAUGAUUCCAAGGAUGAGACCUUGGACACUUACCUGGGUGGGUCCCUCAAACUGGAUCCCAUCAGCUGGAAUUGCAGAUUUCUCCCGCAGCAGAACGGCCACCCGGACCCACUGGAUGAGCUGAUCCUGGUACCACUGGCUUCCCCUCGUGACAACGGCUCGGUCCACGUCCCGGUGCCAAAGGGAAUGACGGUGCAAGAGGUGUUAGAACAUGUCAAGCAGAAGCAGAAGCGAGGGAUCUAUGAGGAAUACGAGGGCAUCCGGCGAAGGAGUCCGCCAGGCACUUUUGCCUGCUCCUUAGCUCCCUUUAACCAGGAAAAGAAUCGAUACGGAGAUGUCCCAUGCCUUGACCAAACCAGGGUGAAGUUGUCCAAACAGUUUAGCUACCACGAGUUGACCGAUUACAUCAAUGCCAGCUUCAUGGAUGGCUACAAGCAGAGGAAUGCUUACAUUGGCACCCAAGGACCAUUAGAAAACACAUAUAAUGAUUUCUGGCGCAUGGUGUGGGAACAGAAUGUGCUGGUGAUUGUCAUGACCACAAGGCUCGAAGAAGGAGGCCGAAGGAAGUGUGGUCAGUACUGGCCAUUGGAGAAAGACUUCCAGUCCUCUUAUGGAACGCUGACGGUCACCAACUUGGGAGUGGAGAACCUCAACCACUACAAAAAAACCAUGCUGGAGAUUUACAACUGUGAGAGCCGCGAGAGGCGCCUGGUGACCCACUUCCAGUACGUGAGCUGGCCCGACUACGGAGUCCCAUCCUCGGCAGCGACGCUCAUUGACUUCCUGGGGGCAGUCAAGCAGCAGCAAAGAGUAGCAGUCAGUGCUCUGGGUCCGCGAUACAAAGGCCAUCCAGGCGGACCACCCAUCGUGGUGCAUUGCAGUGCAGGGAUCGGUCGGACGGGUAAGUCCACUAGCACCUUCCCUGGCCUGGGCCCCCUCUAGAUCAGUUGGACUACCACUCCCAUCAUCCCCAGCCAACACUCCCAUAGGCUCGUCACGCUUUGGAUAGGAGCCUCUUUUUUGCAUGCUCAGGGUUCCAAGACUUGCAUUACAGGAUACACCUGUGGUCCGACUCGGUAAGGGGCAACAGCCUUCAUUCAUAUAUGCAGAGCUUGCACUUAAUUCUUUUUUCAAACUAACGCUGUUAUAAGUAAGCUGUAACUAAACUGGGAGCAACAUUACUCCUUUUGGGAUGAUGUUGUAACUUUUUCAUUCUUUACAUA